GCCUGUACCUUCCUACCUUGACCAUCCCUGGUAUGCAGAAUCAUGGUCAACCUGGAGUCUUUUGGCAUUUCCUCAUGCAGUCUUCAGACUAUCUUAGUUAUAUUGUUCAUCUUCAUGGCUUCAACAGUUCAAGCUGGACUCAAUCUCAGAGGUCUACGUUAUUCAGAAAUCCUGAAGAAGAGUGAUUUAAAUCACAAAAUUGUGAAGAGAGGAGUCAAUCCAAGUCCUCAUCCUUUCAACAGUAUCAAGGAGCUUUCUUUUGAUACUCAUGGGAAGAAUUUUCGUCUUAUGCUUUCCCCCAAGAGUGGAAUUUUGGACCCAUUUUUUGAGGCCACUAUCAUCAAUAAGGAUGGAUUGGAAUCAUAUAUACCUGUUGAUAAGGAAAGCUUCUUUGAGGGUCAUGUGUUUGGAGAGAAGACUUCUCAUGUCUCGGCUCAUUUUGAUGGUGAACUCCUGACUGCUACCAUUGAAACUCAUGAUGAAACUUAUCAUGUGGAGCCCCUAUGGAGGCAUGCACAAGAUGAGGGGCGAGACUCCAUGUUAGUCUACAGAAGCUCUGAUGUCAAAUACAGCUGGGCUGGCCUGAUGGAGGAUGAAAUGACUGAGGAGGAGAUGAUCCAGGAGUUGGUGAGAGUGAAAAGGGAGGAUGGAAGAGAUGGCUAUUCCUUACAAAAGUCUCUCUGUCCCCUCUUGCUUGUGGCAGACUAUAGGUUUUUUGGAAGCAUGGGAGCAUCUGAUGGAAAAACAACCACAAAUUACUUGAUCAGUCUGAUUGACCAUGUCCAUAAGAUCUAUGAAGGCACCCAGUGGACAGGUUCUCCAGACCAGGAAGGUUUCCAUGGUAUGGGUUUUGUGAUUAAAAAAAUCCUAAUUCAUUCUGAGCCAACACCCACAUACCAAGAUGAAGAACAUUAUAACAUGAAAACAACCACCUGGGAUGUUCGCAAGCUCCUUGAGGUUUUCAGUCGGCAGUAUUCACACAAGAAUUACUGUUUGGCCCACUUAUUCACUGAUACCUCUUUUGAGGGUGGAAUUCUCGGAUUGGCUUACGUUGGUUCACCUCGAAGAAACUCUGUUGGAGGAAUCUGUACGCCAGAAUACUUGAAGGAUGGCACUACUUUGUACUUGAACUCGGGUCUGAGUAGCUCCCGAAACCAUUAUGGACAACGACUGAUCACCCGGGAGGCAGCGUUAGUGACAGCUCAUGAAUUUGGUCACAACUGGGGCUCAGAACAUGAUCCAGAUCUCCCAGAAUGUUCCCCUCGAGCUUCAGCUGGAGGAUCAUAUAUCAUGUACACUUAUUCAGUGUCUGGCUUUGAUAUCAAUAAUCAAAAAUUUUCUCCAUGCAGUCUUCGAUCAAUCCGAGCAGUGAUUCUUGCCAAGAGUGACAAGUGCUUCACAGAACCCAAACAGAGUUUCUGUGGGAAUUCUCGCAUAGAAGAAGGAGAGGAAUGUGAUGCAGGUGUUUUAGGCACUGAAGAUACUGAUGCAUGUUGCAACAACAAGUGCAAGUUGAGAAAGGACAAAGGAGCUCUUUGUAGUGACAAGAAUUUCCCAUGUUGCCAAAACUGCCAGUUUAUUCCCAAGGGAACUAAAUGUCGAGAGCGACAGUUGCUCACUUGUGAGCAGGAAGCCUGGUGCACAGGCCAGAUGCCAGAAUGCCCUGAUUCACUGCCACUGGCUGAUUACACUCCUUGUUUGGAGAAAGGAAAGUGCUUCAAUGGAAAGUGUGAACCCUUCUGUGAGAGUCAGCAGCCCUCUCUUCAGAGCUGCAUGUGUGAUACCUUGAAAGAUGCCUGCAGGCGAUGUUGCCGAACACACAUCAAUGACACCUGCCAUCCAGUCGAUGCCCAUGAUAUCCUCCCUGACGGGACUCCUUGCUUUGUGGGAUAUUGCCGGAAGGGCAAAUGUGAGAAGACAGUGCAAGACCUUGUGGAAAGAUUCUGGGACAUAAUCGAAGAUAUCGACAUCGAUCAAGUGCUGAAGUUCCUACGCGACAAUAUCGUGGGGACGGUAAUCGGGAUCUCUUUGUUCAUGUGGAUCCCAGCCAGCGUUAUCAUCAGCUGUGUCGAUCGCAAGCGGAGGCAUCGGGUCAAGGAGAUGGCCAAAUUGCAAGAGAGCCAGGAGUUGAUGCAGCGUCGCAGCCGUCCCAGGGCAAUCGAACUCCGCAAUAGGCGCUUCCCCAGCCAAGGUAUGGCAUGGACCAGCACACCGCUUUAAUGCCUUCAUUGCCGCACUUGUGAUACUAUGCUCCAUGUUCAAAGUUGUCUAGGGCAUUUUUUAUUUUUUUUUUAAAGCAUAUCUCCCG